AUGGCCGAUAAUAUGGAUGUCGACGCUGAAGACACCAAGACUGUCACCAAAUCCAAGAAGGAAGGAAAGGACAGUGGCAAAGCGCGUUUUGAAGUGAAGAAGUGGAAUGCUGUUGCUUUGUGGGCAUGGGACAUCGUCGUCGAUAAUUGUGCGAUCUGCAGGAACCAUAUCAUGGAUCUUUGCAUCGACUGUCAAGCCAAUCAAGUUUCGGCCACCAGCGAGGAGUGCAACGCAGCUUGGGGAAUCUGCAAUCAUGCUUUCCACUUUCACUGUAUCUCUCGCUGGCUUAAGACGAGGAACGUUUGUCCUUUAGACAAUCGCGAAUGGGAAUUACAGAAAUACGGCCGAUAG